UAUGUGUUUCAGAUUCAUAUUUUGAUGGUACACAAUAUAGUAGAGCUUGCUGUUUUUUGCUGAUUUUGAUUAAUGAUUAAUAAUAACGGAAUGGAGGUAGUUAAAUUAAAAUUUAAAUCAUCAUGAUUUAGAUCUGAUAUUUGAUUAUACAUUUGAACGUUAGUGAUCAUAAGUUUAUUGAUUAAGGACUUUCCUAGAUUUACGUUUUUUGAUAUGGAGCAAACAUCGGAUCUGGUGACCAUCUGUCAUAUCUUGUAAGCAGUUUUACAAAAGGCUUUUCUCUUGUGUUUCUUCAUAGGAAGUCUCUUGGAAAUCUGCUAAAAGCCUCAGUUUAUAACCAUGUUUACUAUUUAAAUAUUCUUCUUAACAUUUACAUUUGAUGAUGGUAAAAAUUCAAUUGUCUAUUUUGAUUGGAUUUUUGUAACUAUCGCAAAUUGUAAUUGUUUCACCUCUAGUUAUUGUGUUAUGAACCAUUUCUACAAUUAAAUUUAAUUAAGUUCACACUUAGGAGAUAUUGAAUAUUAAGAUAAAAUGAGUGAUUCAGAAAUUCCACCACCUCCAAAAAAAUCCAAAGUUAUGGAAGAAACGGAGGAAGACUUCACUGAGGAUCCCGGCACUAGUACCAAUGAGUUUUUGGUUGAUGACAAGUACAACAACUAUGUGACUCCAGAGGAGCUACAGAAAUUGAAGGAGUUUAAGAUUCUUGAUGAAGUGAAGUCCGAUGAUGAAGAAGCCGGGAGUGAUGGUGGAGAAUCCGAUGUUUCCCAGGAACUACCAGAGGAAGAGAUUGAAAAGAUGUUAGAGGAUGAUCUUCCUGAUGAUUUCAAAGGAGCACCAAAGCCUAAAGAGAAGCCAUAUGUUUUGAGGUCUAAAAUAGUUAUGGAAGAGAAAGGCACCAAUCCGUUCGAAGUGUUGCCUUUGGAUUGGAUCUGCGCGCGUCACAUGAGCGGCAUCCCGGUGUACAUGCACCGACCCACGCGCAUCGUCACCCUCGCCAAGCCCUACUGCCUGGGUAAGAGCAACAUACAGCGUCACGACAUCCCAAUAAGUGCGAUCCCGUGCUUGGCGUAUCGGCGCGCUCUAGAGGAGGAAGAGAAACAAAAAGAGUUAGAUAAGAAGAUACAAGAACAGGUCGACAUUUGUAACGCUAAACUACAAAACGAUAAAGAUCCAUUAUCAUCUCAGGCCUCCGGGUCGGCCGAUCGAGCCGUGGAUGACCUCAUCACGGAAGCUCACGUCGACAUAGGAACUGAUAAAGACACUGUUGUCGGGUGUCCCUUCCAAGGAAAAAUAAUAGAGAACGAUCCCCAAAGCCAAGAGAAGGACAAAGAGAGCGAAGAGUCCUUGAAGAUCCAGCCGGUGAUAGUGCCCGGAGGAAGAGCCGUGCCUCCGCCCAGGGUGGAAGCGGUGAGCUCCAGCUGGCGCACGCAGCAUCUCACGCCGGAACAUAUCACUCGGUACUGCGAGGCACUUUUCCACUUCAAGACCGUCCAAGUCAUGCACUUCAAUCGCUGGGCGGAUCGUCGCAAGUACACGAAGGCCCGUAAGGCGCUGCAGUACCCGUCUCUGCCCGAAGGCACCAAGCUCAUCACCAUCCCAACCACGGGACAGGACGGUGUCCGCGGCAAGAGGGACUGGGUCAUGAACAUGAACGGGCGCUGCUACCUGUCAGUGUUCCACGAGUACGUGAACCGCGCCCUGCAACAACAGCCCGCGUACCACUUCACGCAGCUGGAGAACGCCGCCACGCCCUACCAGGCCACCGUGUUCAUAGGCGACAUGCAGUACGGAGUCGGCGUCGGCAGCUCCAAGCGCCAGGCCAAAGCGGCCGCCGCCCGCGCCUCCAUCCGCAUUCUCAUCCCCGAGAUGAAGGACGAGCUGGCCGCGCCCGAUGCGCCCGAGCCGGACUUCUCGUUCUUCGACUACGUGGGCGUCGAGGACCCGCGGGUGGCCGAGUUCUGCGUCGCCACCUGCGAGCCCUCGCCCCACGCCAUUCUGCGCACGUGCCUGCUGCGCAACUUCGGCGCCGGCGACCGCCACAUCGAUGUCACGGUGGACAAGUUGGAGUACCAGAAGAUCCAGCUGACCAUGAAGGUGGGCAAGCACAGCGCGGUCGUCGUGUGCAAUAACAAGAAAGCGGCCAAGCAGCGCGCCUCGCAGGCCAUCCUUCAGUCGCUGCACCCUCACGUGCGCUCGUGGGGUUCGCUGCUGCGCCUGUACGGCUCGCGUUCGGUGCCCUCGUGCGCCGAGAGGAAGCUUCACGAGCAGCAGAUCACGCUGCUGCAGGAGCAGGCGCGGCGGCACCGGCCCAACCGCGCCGUCCUUCGCAAGCUACGCCAGGACAUGCUCCGGCUGGAAGAGAGAGAUCGGGCUCUGGCGCCGGUGGGCACGCUGCUCUUGCGCCCGGCCGACGCGCUGCCGCAGCACUCGGGCUCCAACCUCAACAACUUGCAUCUCUAGCCCGACCUCUCACAAUCGUUGAAACACAAUAAAACACGUUUAUAUAUUCUCCUUGUUUAAUAAAUUAACUAAAUUGAG